AUGCUCACUUUGAUCGAGCCCCCAGGCAAGAAGCGCGGCCAUUCCAGAGCGGCCAACAGAUCUGGCCAGCACUUGUUGAACUUCGGCGCGCCAAACGAUGAAGAUCUCGAAGAGGAGUUCGAAACGGUCAAUCCAGAGCCAUUCGAGGCGAGAAAUGUAAGUCUUUCGGCUUUUGUUUUUGGGUUUUAGGUGUUCGACCAUUUAUUUUUGGAAGGUUUGCGGCAGUUCUUUAUGCUGUAGUAGACCGACAUUCAUGUCUUGUUCAAAAUUGAAUAUUUUUUGAGGAAAACUUGAUGUCUAACAAUCUAAAGUCACAGUAUGGUCCCUAAUGGGGUAUUUUUUCAGUGGAUCGAAGAGAAACUCGUCGGUGGGACCAGCUCGUCCGAUUUUUCGACCAAAUGGAAGAAGGAUUUCUCACAGCGCCCGACCUUCUGCGAUGCCGACCUCAGUCUCCAACAGAUUCUCAGGGUAAGUUGUUGUAUUUUUUUUGGCCUCUUUACCUCGUUUGGUCUGUUCUGUAAGUCAAUUUUACCUUGUUUUAUCUCAUGGAUGACAUAAAAUUUUUAAAAUUUUUUAGGGAAAUGCCAAAGGAAAUAUGAUUGCCUUGUAUGCGCGAUGCCUUGUCCAGAAAUGUUUGUUCAAGCUGGGUGACUUUGCCCAGAAUCAUGCCCUUCUUGUCAUCUUCACAGUCUUCUCGUUGUUCUCCGUCUGUUGCAUUGGCCUGCAAUAUGUCCGAAUUGAGACCGAUAUUGUCAAGUUGUGGGUGUCUGGUAAGCUCUUUGUCACUUAUUUUUGUGUUUUAGGUAAUGAGCUUGCUCAGUUGGAGACGAAUUUAUAUUAUCCAUGAGAGCUGAUGUCAAAUUUUUUAUCGAAUUUUUUGUAUACUGUAGAGCGAGAGCAGGUGUAAAAUGGCUUCCUAAGUUCAUUUAGCUUCUGAUAAUGGAGUUUUGGAAUAAAAAAAGCAAAUUUUUUUUUCACCUGCUAUAUUAUCCUUCACAAGUCAAAACUUGAAAAAUAAUGUAAAAGAAAUCGACCGAUUUUCCAAUUACAGCUUAUAAUACUCACAUUUCAGAGGGUGGACGUCUCAACGAAGAACUGAAAUUCUUUGAACGUGUGCAAGAUCAGUACGGCGAUUUGAAUUGGACCUUUUAUGAUGAGAAACAUUUUGUCCGCGAAUCCCGAGACCCUCUUCUAAAACAGAUCAAAGAGGAUGAAAUCAAAACCAGCGAUUAUCAAGUGCUCAUCCAGACGGUUGAAGAAGAGGGACAGAAUUUGCUGACAAAAGAGGGACUUCAACAACACGUUGGACUCCUCGAGACCAUUGUUAAUCUUCAGGUUACUCAUUUUGGAGUGUAAGUUGUGGUUUUUUGUAUGUCAUAGGAUUUUGACGGCCAAACGGAAGUCUAAAAAAUGAAUUUUGGCCAGUUUGCGAGGAUUUUUUGAGGUUUUUUUUAGCAAAAAAAUUUUUUUUACCUUGUUUUAGGUGUAGUUGACGAAAAAAAUUAAAUUUUUGAUUAAUUUUACGACUUUUUUUGAUACUUUCAACUGAAAAAUUUUUAUUAAUGUCUCGUUUUAGAAACUGGACCCUCGCCGACAUCUGUUUCAAGCCCGGCGCCCUGGAUAUUAACCAAGAUUCGAUCGCGUACGGCAUGAAACCGGUCCUCGAAAGAUUGGUCCCCUGCAUCUGGAUCACCCCAAUCGAUUGCUUCUUCGAAGGCUCGAAGCCAAUCGGACCAAAUCCUCCCAUUCGAAUCGGUGAUCUUCCACUUGGAUCGAUCUUGAAAAUGGCGGUUCCGGAGCUGCAAGAUGACACAACUUGGGCCAAUAUCAACCCCGAAGCGGUGGUUGCCAGCUUGAAGGACAGCUUUGAUAUCGGAACAAUGGCGAAUUUUUUCUCUAGAGUAAGUUUAAAUUCGUUUUUGGAAGCCUUGAAGCACUUUUGGAAUGAAGCUAGGGCGCAGCUCGCCAAAAAUUUAAAUAGGAUUUUGAUGACUUUUUUCAAAUUUUUUGAUGAUUUAUGAAUUUUAAUGCAUAGUUUGAUAAGAUUUUGAUUUUUUGGAAACGUUUCCUGGCCGCAGCUCGCCAUUUUUUAAACUUUUUUUCAUAUUUUUUUUGCAGACUGGAAUUGGCAAGGGGUAUCUGGACCGACCAUGUAUCGAACCACUGGACCCGGCGUGUCCAGAGCAGUCUCCAAACUACUAUAAAUCCUGUGGACCCAUGCAAAUGCUUCAAAUCCAUCUGAAAUCCCAAAAUCGCACAGUCCAGGAGGAGUUGGCCGCUUUCCACGAAGCUAAAGCCGAUUCUGCAACUGGUCUAGGCGAUUUUUUGGCCGCGUUCAUGGCCUCAGAACCUAAGAAGACAGAGAAUCAAACAGAAGACAGCAUGUGCAAGGAGUAUCGAACUGCUUUCUUGAAGUGGAUUCAGGCCGAUAAAGCGAAGGCAAUCCGAAUUUUGGGAGAACAGGUGAGUUCAGGUUGAUUGUAAGGGAAUCUGAGGGAUUUUAAAGAAGUGGGGGCUCUGAUCUAGUGGCAAAAAAUGUACCAUUUUGCAUGUAUCAAAAAUGUGGUAAAAUGCUUCCUCUCCAAGUGAAAAAAACCGUUUUGAAGGACCCUCACAAAAAGAGCGGGUGCGCUUUUGAAAAUCGGAGUUUUUUCACUUCAAAAAUGUGGCAAAAUCCUUCCCUCUCCAAAUGAAAAAAAAACUCAGAUUUCAAAAGCGCGCCCGCUCUUUUUGUGAGGAAAAAGGGCGCGCCCUUCAAAACGAGGUUUUUUCACUUGGAGAGGGAGGUAUUUUGCCACAUUUUUGAUACUUCCCGGAUGCAAAAUUGUAAUUUUUUGCCACCGAAUCAGGUCCCCCGCUGCAUUGGAAAUUUCCGUGGCGGAAUAAAAUUUUAUAAAAUUUCAAUUUUAGAAUCUCCCACAAGACGUGGACUACGGCAACAUCAUGCGCAAAGGCUGUAACGGCUUCGCCCGCGACGUCAUGAACUGGCCGGUGGAUAUGAUCCUCGGCAAAGCCGAGGACGACGGCGAACACUUCCAAGCCGAAGCCCUCCAAUCCGUAAUCCUGGUGGCGUCGGCGACCGAAGUCUACAAACGAUUCAGCGGAAAGGACAAGCUGGAACAGCUCCAAUUUUUCAACAAAACAACCGGAGAACUGAAGAACAUAACUGGAGAAUGGAGCCCGUUGCUGGCGAAAGAAGUGGUCACUGCAUGGCAAAGAGCGUUCACGGACUCGAUUUACAAUCACCCGUUGAAUUUCAAGACUGUGAAUGGAAGCUUGGACCCGGUGGAACAUCGGAUUGUCCAUCCAUUGGCCGCCACGAGCAUCAGUGAUAUGUUGGCCGAGUUCUGCGACUUUAAUUAUGGAGUUAUUGUCGUGGGAUAUGUGCUUAUGGUGAGUUUGAGGAGUGAAUUUUUUCUGGGAGAAAGUUUGGAGGAUUUUUUUUUUUUUUUUUGAGGUUUCGGAGGUCGGAAUUUUUAUUUUCCAAUAUUUUUUCCAAGGAAAGUACUUCUAUGGGGUAUGGAGUUAUAGGUAGAGACAUAUAUCAAAAAAUUUACGAAAUUUUUCUGAUUCAGAAUGUGUAAAAAUUAGCUGCCUAGUCUUGGUUUGUAUGGGUGAAAAAGUCCUCUGAACUCUUCUUGCAACACACGCAAAUGCCUUUUUGACCGAGUUUUUACCAAAUCAAAUGCUUGUUUUUGAGCUAAAGCCAACUCUGGUAUCUUGACAAGCCUUAAAAUAUCAAAUUUAAUUUGGUGUUGCAAGAAAGUUUCAGAAGAUUUUUCACCCUUACAAACCAAAAUUAGGCAACUAAUUUUUAUAUAUUCUGAAUCAGAAAAAAUUUGCGAAUUUUUUGAUAUAUGUCUCGACCUGUAACUCCAUACCCCGUAGAAAUACUUUCCUUGUUAUAUUUUUCUUUGCUAAAGGCUAAAAUAACGUUUUUUUUUCAGCUGGUCUACGCCCUGUACUCCCAAAUCAACCGCGACUCCUGCUGUUUGUUGGCUGCAGAAUCAGCUGUCGGCUUGGCCUUUGCCGGUGUCCUCACGGUCACAUUCGCAUCAGUGGCGGGCCUAGGACUGGUCACUUGGUUUGGAGUGGAAUUCAACGCCGCCACAACUCAAAUCGUCCCGUUCUUGACCCUCGGAAUCGGAGUUGACAACAUGUUUAUGCUCCUCCACAAUUAUCAUCGUGUUUUUACGGACGUGAAGAAGAGUGAGCUCGGAUUGUUGCUCAAGGAGACUGGAAUGUCAAUCCUGAUGACUUCGACCAACAAUAUUCUCAGUUUCUUGACUGGAACUGUCCUGCCAAUCCCGGCGUUGAGGUCGUUCUGCCUUCAGGUAAUUAAUAAUCACUUCUAUUUUAAAAUUUUUACUAUUUUUUGACACUAAUUUUUUCGUAUUUUAGUCAUCCGUCCUCCUCACUUUCAACUUGGUCGCCAUCCUCACCGUAUACCCAGCAAUCAUCGCCAUCGAUAUCAAUAGAAGGAAGUCGGCCCGCCGAGACGUUUGCUGCUGUCUGAAAUCCUCGAACGCAACCGAACAAGACGUGUACGAUGAUCCACCAUACGGCUAUGACCUAACCGGAGGAGUCCCAACUGUCCUCACAACCAAGCCACACUAUCAUGGACUGAUCUCGGUGGGCAAAGGAGACGAUGAAGAGGCCGAGGAAAUCCAGCCGUGGAGUUUGAGAGCCUUCCUGAGGAAUUAUUAUGUCCCGUUCUUGUCGAACAACUGUGUUAAGGUAAGUGGUGAUGAAUUUUUUUUUUGGAUGAUAAAAUUUGGUUUUGAAUUGAAUUUAUUUUUAAAAGUCUACAUUGGCAAAAAAACGUACCAUUUUGCAUCCGGGAAGUAUCAAAAAUGUGGCAAAAUACCUCCCUCUCCAAGUGAAAAAACUUCGAUUUCAACAGCGCGCCCGCUCUUUUUGUGAGGGCCCUUGAAAAAGGAGUUUUUUUUUCAGUUGGAGAGGGAUGCAUUUUGCCACAUUUUUUGAUACCUCCCGGACGCAAAAUGGUACGUUUUUUGCCACUGGAUCAGGUCCCUCGCUUAUUAUAUGUACAAGUUCAUUUUUCAUUUUCAGUUCGGAGUAAUCGUCUUCUGCGCCGGCCUCUUCAUUGCCGGCGUAACCGGCAUCAACAAAUCCACAAUGGGCUUGGAACUUGGAGACGUCCUACCGGAAAACACGGCCCCAGCAGCUUUCCUCAAGGCCCGAGACGCCUAUUUCUCGUUCUACCCGAUGAAUGUGAUCAUUCGAGGGGAGACGGUGGACUUUGCGGAGAAACAAACGCAAAUCGAACAGUUGAGAAAUGAGAUUGGUAAGGGAUUUUUUGUUUGAUUUUUUUUGACCACUUCGGGAUCCAAAAAAAAAUGGGAAAUUUUGGGGGUUUUUUUUUGAUUUUUUUACAAUUUGAAAAAUUCAUGAAGUUGCAAAUUGACAGUUUUGAGUAAAAUGCGACAUUGGAAUUGUUAAAUUUACAAUUUUUUUGAGCUUAAACUUGAUUUAAUCAAUAAAAUUUUAGCGAAAUCCCGAUUCGUGGUGACCCUGGACAACGGCGAGCCCUCGGAGCGCUACUGGCUCGGCAUGUUCCGCCAAUGGCUGCGAGGCCUUCAGCAGCGCCUCGACGAAGCCCGAAUUGCCGGAAUCCUCGAGGACUUCGACAAUAACAACGCCACAAAGUCGCCGGAACUCAAAAUCGCCUACUCGUUGGCCUGCUCCUACGGCCAUAAGUACGAUUGCAGUCGAGCGAAUCGAAUCCGACUGAUUGACGACUCGGACACGAUUAACACGGAAGGAUUCUACAACUACUUGUAUGGCUGGCAUGAGUAUGAGCAGAUGUUCUACACGGUCAGUCAGGCCAGCUUCUAUCCGCCGCUGAGGAAGCUGAAACAAGGUCCGAAGAACAACAAGUAUCGGUUCUUUGUCCCACCCGCCCCCAAGCCAAUAUACUCGCAAAUUCCCUUCUAUCUGGAUGGAUUGACGGACACUACUACGAUUGUGGAAAUGAUCAAGGUAAGGAAGGGAAAUUUUUUGGGUUUUUAUGGCAGUUCGCGCCCUAGAAAGAGGCGAAGUUUUGGAUUUAAAUUUGAUUUGUUGAGUUUUUGAGGCACGUAUAGACUGGAGGUUCUAAAAUCUGUCAUGUUAUACAUGGCAGACUGCGCCCACGAUUAAAAAAAAAUUUUUCUGAAAAACUUUUUUCGAAAUUUUUCUUUUGAUUCUUUUGAUCUGAUGACUAAUUAUAAACUUUACAGGAAAUCCGCGCCAUCUCCGACAACUACACCCACUCCGGCCUCCCCAACCACCCCUCGGGCAUUGCCUUCACCUUCUGGGAACAGUACCUCGACCUGAAUCAAACCCUGGUCAAAGCCAUUGCGAUCAUCUCCCUGGCGGUCUUUGUCGUCGUUUCCGUCCUCCUGUUCAACCCGUGGGCCGCCUUCUGCAUCGUGAUUAUAUUGUUCUUGAUGACGGUGGAACUGGCCGGCUUCCUGGGCUACUACCACAUCAAGUUGAACCCAGUGUCGGCGGUCAGCUUGAUCACCGCCGUCGGAAUUGGAGUCGAAUUCACGGCGCAUGUGGUGUUCUCGUUUUUGACCUCAUUGGGAACGAGGAACGAAAGAAUGGCGGCGGCGAUUGAUCAAGUCUUCGUCCCCGUAAUUCACGGAGCCCUGUCGACGCUUCUCGGAAUCUUGAUGCUUGGAUUCAGUGAAUUCGAAUUUGUGGUCAAGUAUUUCUUCCUCGUCAUGAAUGCCCUGAUUAUCUUGGGAUUAAUCAAUGGGCUGAUGUUGUUGCCCGUGCUGUUGUCGCUGAUUGGGCCAGCUUGUGAAGUAAGUGGGGGUUAAAUUGAGUUUAGAGAGUGUUUUAUAAGUUUUGGGAGGAUUUAGAGGGUCUGGAAUACGAAAUUUUGAGAUUUUUUAUAUUGUAGUAGGUGUUAUAAAUUGAAAAUUUGAUGAUCAAAAAUUCAUUUUUUUCCUGAAAUUAAUCCCAACCUAUUCCAGCUGACUCCUCGCGACUGUUCGAACCGCCUCCCAGUCCCACCACCCCUUCAACGUCGCCAAAACCAAAGCUCGGGCGCGAGCCGCCAUGGCAUUCUUCGCAUUACCACCUAA